AUGGCCCUUUCAAGAACAUCAUCGAAGUUGGGGCACUUGAGCGUCGUUAUCGCCAUAAAUAGGGACAAGCAGAUUAGCCAAUCUCUGGUCAAAUGGGCAGUGGAUCAUCUUUUGCAUGGCCACAAGAAAUCUCAUUGCUUUAUUGUUCACGUAAUCAAUCAUGAUACUAAUUCCAAUACUACUUCGAGCAACAAAGGAGGCCGCUCAUCUGACGAGUUGCAACAUAUCUUUCUUCCAUUGCUCGGAUAUUGUGCUCGAAAAGGGGUUACAGCAAAGGAAGUGAUCCUUCACGACAUUGAUGUUCCAAGUACAAUCGUUGAUUAUAUUGUUAAGAACGACAUUACCAACGUUGUCGUUGGUGCUUCCAAUCACAAUGCUCUUAUAAGGAAAUUUAAAGAAGCAGAUGUGCCCACUAGCUUACUCAAAACUGCACCACAAUUCUGUUCUGUAUACGUUAUAUCAAAAGGGAAACCUUCUACAGUGAGAGCAGCAACUCAAACUAAAACACCCAAAAAUAAAGGGUCCAGUUCCAGUCUUGCAAAUCUGAUUACUUCUGGCUCCGGACAAUUAUCUGUGGACAAGAGCAACAGAAGCAAGCCAAACAGCAGGGUUGAAGCAUCAACAGUACCAACGAAUUUAUCCUUGCAUGGAAGUGCCCCAUCAGUUUCCAGUACUGAUUACUCAGGCACACAUAGCUUCGAUUCAACACUGCAUAGUUUCCAAUCAUCAACCACCUCUAGGAGUUUGGACUCGUUUACAAGCUUGGAGAGUUCAGGAGACUCUUUCAUAACACCUGAUGAAUUGGAAGUUGAGAUGAGUACAUUAAACCUUCAAUUAAAGCAAACUAUGGAUAUUUAUAACUCACUUCGUGAUGAAGCUAAAGAAGCCAAACAAAGGGCCGAUGAUGUUCAAUUAAAGCCAUCGAAUGAGCGUAGCCUAGAUGAAGCCAAGAUGGCAGAAGAGGCUGCAACUGCUUUGGCAGAGUUGGAGAGGCAGAAGACCAAGGUUGCCACUGAAGCGGCUCACAUUGCAGAACGGCUGGCAGACAUAGAAACUCAGAAGAGAAAGUUUGCUGAAGCAAAAGCCAAACAGGAGGCAGAAGAGACAAACUCUAUGCAGGGUGGUGUCCAAUAUAGGAGAUAUGGCAUAAAAGAGGUCGAAUUCGCAACAGAUUACUUCAACACUGAUCGAAAGAUUGGUGAAGGUGGUUAUGGACCUGUUUAUAAAGGAUUUCUUGAUCACACCGCUGUUGCUAUCAAGAUCUUGAGACCAGACAUAUCUCAAGGGCUAGUCCAGUUCCAGCAAGAGGUUGAGGUUCUGAGCAGCAUAAGGCAUCCAAACAUGGUUCUCCUAGUAGGUGCCUGCCCUGAGUACGGAUGCCUUGUCUAUGAGUACAUGGACAACGGUAGCUUAGACGACAGGUUGUUCUGCAAAGACAACACUCGCCCCAUUCCAUGGAGAGCUCGCUUCAGAAUCGCAGCGGAAAUUGCCACUGCUCUUCUCUUCCUUCAUCAAAGAAAGCCAGAGCCACUGGUCCACCGUGACCUCAAGCCAGGAAACAUCCUCUUAGACCGAAACUAUGUAAGCAAAAUCAGUGACGUGGGCCUGGCCAAGCUUGUUCCUGCAUCCGUAGCUAACAGUGUCACACAAUAUCACCAGACAGCAGCAGCUGGUACUUUUUGCUACAUUGACCCGGAGUAUCAACAGACAGGACUAUUGGGUGUGAAAUCAGAUGUGUACUCAUUAGGAGUGAUGCUUCUACAGAUAAUCACGGCAAGGCCUCCCAUUGGUCUGUCAUAUCAGGUUGAGGAGUCCAUUGAGCAAGGUACUUUUGCUGAUGUUCUUGAUCCCUUAGUUAUGGAUUGGCCUGUUGAAGAGGCUAUGUCCUUCGCAAAACUGGCUCUGCAGUGCUGUGAGAUGAGGAAGAGAGAUAGGCCAGACCUUGGUUCGGUCGUGUUGCCAGAGCUGAACCGGUUGCGUAAUCUUGGAAUGGAGGAUGGAAGCAAUGACUAG